AUGUUAUUUGCGAAGGGUUCCAUGCCCAAUGUACCUCGCUUGGAAACUCGCAAGGCGUUGCUAGUAAUUGACUUGCAAAAUGAUUUCCUGCACGAAGAUGGCAAGCUUUUUGUCAAGAAUGUGAAGGAUUUCUUGCCCAAAAUCCCAAGCCUUGUUACGAAAUUCAGGGAGGAAGGAGACAUUUUCUGGGUUCACACAGAGUUUCAAGAAACUCGACCCACAAUAUGUCCAGUUUCACAAACUUACGCGAUUGUGCUGGAAGACUUCUUAGGGACAGCCAAAAGCAGGGAAGCGAACCCAUCUCACAAGGCUGAGCUGCCCGAGCAUGACUUUAAGCGCCCAGUGAAGGACUUUGGCAAGGAUGACCCAGAGGCUUUCCUUGCAGAGAGGUCAAAAGCGGACUGGCCUCGUUGUUGCUUGCCAAACACUUUUGGCUGCGCUGCUCCACGGAUGAUUGCUUCGGCCAUUGACCAAAAGAGAGAUUCAACGAUUACAAAAACUUGCUACUCUGCAUUCCAAUCCAAAUCGCUUCUCCCAAUUUUGAGGAUGAGGUUUAUCACCCAACUGUACCUAUGUGGUUCACUUUCGAACGUCUCUGUCUACGCAACUGCUCUUGACGCUGUGAGCCAUGGCCUGGAGGUGACAGUCAUUGAAGACUGCGUAGGUUAUCGAAAUCCAAAAUGUCAUGAAGAGGCCAUGAGGCAGAUGGCAGAUACAAUGGGAGUCAAUGGUACUGAUUAUCAAGAAUUGAUGGAUGAUCUCCAUGGAAACCUUGGAGACGUCGUGACUCCAUCAACCUUCAACAGCGCCAUUGGCACACGGCAGGUAGACGGUAAUGACAGCUCAGAGAAUUACACAGUGAGGGUGAAGAUCAAGAGAUGGAUGGACGACGUGAACGACGGUAAAGCAAAUCAUGAGGCAUGCCCCGACUCAGAGGGAGUUGAUACAUUCAAGGCGGGCUCUGCCAAAAGGCGAAGCUUGGGCAACGGGGCUGGAUUGAACGUUUCACAUGCUAAAAGGCAAGAGAUGCGACCAUCGCCCGUUCCUGCAUCACAGAAGAGAUCCAGUGAUACAAUUGACAAUGAAGAAGAGCCUGUAGAAUCGAUAUCGCGCCCACCACAGAGUGCCAAGACAAGCCGGAUCCGUAUGCGGCGCAUGCACAUGACACCGGAAGCGAAGGAGUCAGCCUCACCAGCCACAGCUGAAAAGGUGGGUGUCGACGACCCGCGGAGGAACCAGAUAACCCCACCAUCCUCCUUGGCCAUCAUCGAAGCAGAUUCGGAUCCGGAUCGCUCCCUUUUAGAUGAAAUGUCUUCGCUUGUUGAUAAGGCUAAGGCAUUCGGGAGAACUUUACGCGGAGCUGAACGGUCGACACAACCCAGUCCCAAAGUACUAGGUCCGGGCGACUUCAUAGGAGAAAGGGAUUCCCGUGUCAUUUACGAUUUUCUACCUGCAGUGGAGCACUUCAAAGAUGCUUUCGCCGGACUUAGAAAAGAUGGUGAGUCAUGCGAGGUGCAUUGGCAGGAGAUGUAUCAUCGCUCGGGUAAAGUGCCGCGACUUGUCGCAGCCCAAGGCGAAGCCCGAGAGGAUGGCUCAAUACCAAUAUAUAGACACCCGGCCGACGAGUCUCCACCCCUUUUGCCCUUUUCUCCCGUUGUUCAAAAUAUUCGAGAAGAAGUCGAGAAGGCCAUUGGUCAUCCAGUCAACCACGUUCUAAUUCAGUUGUAUCGGUGUGGCGAAGACAACAUCUCAGAACACUCAGAUAAGACUCUCGACAUUGUGCAUGGAUCAUUUAUUGUGAACGUCAGUCUGGGUGCAAAGCGUACAAUGACGCUGCGAACAAAGAAGUCAGCUCCUACCACUCAAGCCCUGAAUCAGUCACGUCGGGCAUCUGCACCAGCAUCAAGUCCACAUCUCCACGCUGAUGUGAAGAGGACAGCACAACGUAUACCUCUACCUCACAACUCGCUCUUCAUCCUCGGUCAGGAUACCAAUCGGAAUUGGUUGCACGCCAUCCGAGCUGAUAGAAGGCCAGUGUCUGAAAAGACAGCAGAAGAGCUUGCUUUCAACGAGGAGAGAAUCUCAUUGACCUUCAGGCACAUUGGCACAUUCAUCAAUCCCAAACAUGGGACCAUUUGGGGACAAGGUGCUACUAGCAAGUCGGUUGAAGGCGCCAGGAGCAUUUUACAGGGAGAAGAGGCAGAAGAGGAGGGCGAGAGGUUGAUUCGAGCAUUUGGGCAAGAAAAUCAUCAGAGCUAUGAUUUCGAUUGGCAGGCACAGUACGGUGCUGGCUUCGAUGUCGUCAACUUCACCACUAAGCAGGAUACUGUGACUACCGCAUGA